CAUUUCAGUUCCCUUACUUUUUUGAAAAAUAUUAGUGCUAGGGAAGUUUGGCUCAGAAAGCACGAAGAAAUUCUGCCAUUGGAUAAUACACUAUUCUGACUCUUAUGAAUACUUGAUUGUCAUUUUGGAAGAGCAUUAAAAAUGUCAGAGACUGACAUGCUUGAUAUGUCACAUGAAUUACUGUGUCACAUUCUGCAGUAUCUUCCUCUGCACGAAGUACUGUCUCUGUCGAUGCUCUGCCGAAAGCUUUUCACUGCCGUCGGCAUGUAUCUUCAAUUGUGCAAAUCAAUUGAUUUUUGUGAAGGAAAGAUGUACGGUUACAUGCCUUCCUCUAUGACGGACGACCACAUCCACGCCCUGUUCAGAAAAUGUCCCCACGUCGAAUACGUCUAUGGACUUCACCCUCAAAGAGUUGAAAGAAGAAGAUUGAGACAGAGAAGAUCUGCAUUGACUGUUCCGGGUAUUAUCGAAGCUUUGAGCUUGUGUGGUAACCUAAAAGCGGUGGAGAUAAGUGAUUUACGACUAUUAGAAGCACUGAUGCAACAUUUACCUGACUUGGAAAUCAUUGGGAACUUUCAAAACAGAGAUGGUGUCUUCCCACCUCAUGCUUCACAUAGAUUAAAGCUUCAGCCCUACCCUCGAAUUUUCUCCCUCCAUUUAGUUGGGGUUGAAGUACCGGAAUUGACAGCCAUGCCUCAUCUUAAACAUCUGCAUUUACAGUGUGUGAGAUUUACAAAGCUUCAGCCUUUUCGAGGUUUUCUUGCUCAAAAUCUCAAAUCCUUUGUUAUGAAACAUUGUAUGGGUCCAUCUAUGUCACUCAGAUACCUGUCCCUAAUUAUUGCAUUGAGCUCAGCCCCUUCCCUGACACGCCUAGAACUCGUGAGAGUCCCUCUUCCGGGUGGACUCUUCCAAAGAGCCAUCGAAGACUCCUAUCGACACAAUGGUUUUGUCAAUCUAAAACAUUUGGUUAUAUCUGGAUGCAAGGGUGUUUUAGAGUCAGAUUUGGGUCAUCUUAUGAUAGUUUCUAGCAAAAAUUUGGAAAGUAUUAGUAUUCAGCCAUCUUUGACAAGAGAUAGCCUUUUCGUGUCAUUAUCAUUUGCCCAAUGCUCAUUUCCACAACUGAAAAGCUUACAUUUAGGUUUUAUAGACAAAUUAAGCAUAUCUGGUGAAUGGUCCAACGAUACAUUGUUAACUCUUGGUCUUGCUGAAAUUCCUGACACUCCAUCUUCUUUGACUGAUAGUGGAAUGAAAAUUAUUGUGGAAUUAUUUCCAAAAAUGAAGAGUUUAUCUGUGAGCAACUGUCCGCACCUUAUGGCUAUGGAUCAAUGGUACAAUUCUCUCGGAGAUCCAGCUCUGCAAGAGUUGACCGAUUUGACACUUCAGCAUUGUCAUUGCAUACAGCUGCCUUCCUUUGCACUUUUCCUUGCAUUCCUUCCAAAAGUUCAAGUGGUCAUCUUGAAUGACAUGUUUAGGGAGCCUCCCAAAGGAUGCAGUCACGUCGGACUGAGUGCCGGAACGGGUCUCGGAAUGUCGUCCGCCGUCGUCAGUAACCAAGACGAACACGUCGCUGUGAACGGAAACCAACAAGAUUUUGAAGCUCAGGGAGAAGAUCUCAUUGAAAACGACGAUUUGGAUGAAAUUGUCGAAAACGGUAGAUAUCAGGAGCCUCACCGAAUGGUGCUGCCGCAAGAGUUCUUCGACGACCAAAAUAAUGCUGCUGCGGCUGUUGCUCCGGUCAGUCUGGAUUCUGAUGCCAAGAAUGGAACAGAAAGUGAAGACACAGAUAGCGAUGGUGGCAGGAAACCUACAAGGAAAAGACCUUUCAAGCAUUCUUGUACUUUUGAUCCAACUCAGCCUUCAACCUCUAAAUCAGGAAACUGCCUCUGUGCGUGUGAUGAUAGCUCUGACCCAGAAAUGGAUGCUUCUUCACCUUUAAGAACUAAAAGAUCUGCUAUCAUAGUUAAAAAAAUAAAGAAAGAACACGAUUAUUCAAAAACGAAAGAGAGUGGGUUUUCUGAUUCCGAAGAGGCAAAAAGUGCUGUGGAUUGCUUAGUAAAUCCUGAAUCAUCUAGUCGUGUUCUUCAAGAUGAGACAGGUUUUGAAACGCAAAGGAAUAAAGGACAGUCAUCAAAGAAGACUGUAAAAAGGACAAUACAUGAAUCUCAUAAUUUUGUUAGUGAAGGCACUCAAGCAACGAGUGCAGACAUCCGGCGUUCCCACAAGAAACAAAAAGCCUCUCCUCCGAAGAGACGUAGUCAGCGGCGGACAAAUAAUCAAAAUGGUUCCCUCUCUAACUUAAUUUCUGCUCGAGAGGAACAUAAAAAAUCCAAGCGUAAACAGGACUUCAGCCUUCAAAACAAAGCCACCAGCACCAGCGAUCCUUUAAUGGAAGAUGAUGCUGUCCAGAUUUUGAGGCUGGUUUCUGAAUCAUUAAUCAGUUUAAGUGUGAUAGCGUGUGGUGUAUCAGAUGUUAUAGUGGAUCAUUGUCAUAAUUUAACUCAUUUAGAAGUCCAAGCUUGUAGGAUAUUGAAGAGAUUGCAACUCCUCCAUAGUCCUAAUCUGCAGAGACUUAAUAUUGGCCAGUGUCCCAAGUUAGAGAUGGACACGCUUGUUCUUCAAGUUCUCUGCAAUCUUUCCUAUGUCAAUAUACUUGUUACUUUUGAGCCAUGCAUUAAGACUUAUUAUCCUCAAGUGAGUGAAAAAAUAAUAUUCCAGAGAGCAGCUGCCAAUCAAAGUUUGAUUUUAGUCCAUGAUUACUCUGGUGAAUCCAAUGAAAAUGCUACAUUCAAAGAAAACAUCAUUGCUUGGAUGGGAAUCGUUCAAAAGAUGCGCAAUUCUACUCUGUAA